UCUUUCGCGCCUUUUCACUCUUGACACCAAGGAAGCGUUGAACCAUUUCGGCUGUCAUUACAUUUGUGGGUUGCGUUUGAUCAGUUGUGUUCGCUUGUAUUAACACCAAAAGCUAAAACCAAAUUAUUUUCAAAAUGUCGAAUAUGAAACGUGCUAUUAAGACAGGAAAUAUGUAUCAUCGGGCGAAUAAAUAUUCGAUAUUGAGUCCAUCACGCCAAGACCAGCAGGAGGCAAGCUCAAGUCGACACAACGUAGAGGAAUUUAGUGCCGCAUAUGAAUGGCAAAAUGAAUACAGGGUUUUCGAGGAUUAUAUAGACAUGUUCAGCGAGUUGUUGAUUCGUUCGGGCAUAUAAUUGACACUUUCAGCGAGAUAUUGAAUUGUUCGUAAGCAGGCGUUGACAAGUUCAGCAAUUCUGUAGUGUUGUCAUUUGUUUUGUUUACACACUGUGCCGCAGGGUUCAAUUUUUCAUUCUGAAAAGUCCUAAAAGUAGCUAAUAAUCAUUCUCCAAGCUGUUUAAUUCAUGAAUUAGUUAAAACAAACAUAUUUUUACGAAAACCGUUUGUUUACCUUCUGAUGAGAAUGAUCCAAGCUGCAGUCCAAGGGGUACGAAAGUGACAGCUCUAUAGUAUCGCCGAACUUGUCAACGCCUGCUUCCGAACAAUUCAAUAUCUCGCUGAAAGUGUCAAUUAUAUGCCCGAACGAAUCAACAACUCGCUGAACACGUCAAUAAUAUCAUUGAAAACCCUGUAUGAUGAUGCAAUGGAGGAUGGCCAUCAGGAUACCGUGCAGCACGAUGAAGGGGAUUCUGUGCAGGAUGGCGAUGCAAACUUCACGGAUGAUAGCGAUGUCGAAGCUGGUAGUGCGUUAAAUAUUGAUAAUAUGUCUAUAGAGGAUGGGAUACGAUAUUGGGCACUAUCGAAUAAUCAAACCCAUCAGUCGAUAAAUAUGGUGCUGCGUCUGUUCAAAAAAACAGGCGUGAAAGUACCGGCAUCUGCUAAAACGCUGCUUAAAACUAAACGAAAUCCAUCAUCGGAGAUAAAGGAUAUCGAUGGUGGACAAUUUUGGUAUCGAGGAUUCAGAAGUUGCCUAUUAAAUUACUUCCGAUCAGUAAAGGUACCUCCUAAUUGUAUUACUUUAACAUUGUCGAUUGAUGGAUUGCCUCUACAUAAUAGCAGUAAUAUGCAAUUUUGGCCGAUAUUGUUCAAAAUCGAAGAACUCCCACAAGCUCCAGUUAUGGCAGCUGCAAUUUUUUGUGGAUUUCAGAAACCAAACAAUAUAGAAGAAUUUCUUCGACCAGCCGUUGAUGAGCUAAACCUCCUAAUGGCGAAUGGUAUCAUCAUUCACGGAAAGAAAGUUGUUGUGAAAAUGCGUGCUAUUGUUGCAGAUACUCCUGCCAGAGCUUUUAUUAAAGGUGUAAAAGGGCAUACCGGCUAUAACGCCUGUUUAAAAUGCACCGUUGAAGGGAAUCAUAGCGAGGCUGGACACACCAUCGUUUAUGCAAAUGAUUCAAAUGCAAGAAAACGAACAAAUGAAAAAUUCCGUAAAUAUGAAUAUCCAGGACAUCAAAUAACAACAACACCCCUAUGUCAAUUGAAUAACUUUGACAUAGUGCAGCAUGUAACCAUUUCAGAUCUGUUGCACUUGUUUCAUCUAGGGAUAAUGAAGAGAUUAAUUAUAGGAUGGCGUGAUGGAAAGCUAGGUAAGAGAGCAUGGUCCCAAGAGCAAUGCCAAAAGAUAUCCGCUGCUUUAUUAAAGAUUAAUCUUCCUUCGGAAAUGCAUCGCAAAUUACGUUCCAUAAAAUAUGCGAAUUUUUGGAAAGGAGUAGAGUUUGGAUAUUUUUUAAACUACGCGGGACUUGUUGUGUUGAAGCCACAUUUGCCAAAUGAGUUGUAUAACCAUUUUAUGUUGCUAUUUUGUGCAGUAACAUUGCUUUCGUCAAAUGUCUACAAGACGAAGUGGAAGGUGGCUGGGCAACUGCUAGACAAAUUUUUAAAAGAUUUUGAAACUUUGUAUGGUGAACGUUAUAUUAGCAGCAAUGUUCACAACCUACGUCAUGUUCUUGAAGAAGUAGAGCAUUUUGAAUCGUUGUGGUCUAUAUCCACGUAUGUAUUCGAAAAUUAUUUACAGUUUUUGAAGCGCUUGCUGCGAAGCGGGUGGAAAAAUUUAGAGCAGGCCAUAAAUCGACUGUACGAAAUGGAUGAAAUGAACAUGCAGCAUGCAUCAAAUCAAUCCAAUAGCAAUUAUCCAACUGUAAAGCAGCGCGGUAAUGUUUCAACACUUAACAUUAAUUCUAAUUUUCUACUACAGAAUAACACCCGAAAUGGCUGGUUCUUGACAAAGAACGAUCACAUAGUGAAGUUCCAAAGUGCCACAAAAGAAUAUUUAAAUGGUAGCGAGAGAAUUCGUAUUACUGGUAAAAAGAUAAAUGUGAAAGGCUUAGUUUUCAACGAACCAUUUGAGUCAAGCGAAAUUUUUGUUUUCAAAGGAUGCGUUAAUACGUUAUCUGAAACAUGUGAAGACUUCGGGUUAAAUGAUAUUAAAUGCAAAUUUGUAGCAUUGCCCACAUCGCGAAAAGAGGAAUUAAUUUUUGUUCCUGUAAUACAUACGCUUGUUGAAUAAAAUAAAAACAUAACAAAUAAAGUGAAA